AUGGCGUCGAGGAUCAGGAGCCUCCUCUGGGCAGGCCCCAAGGCCGUCGAAGUAGCAGGAUUACAGCGCCUGUUGCAGAAAUGCGCAGCCGAGAGGAGAAUUAUCGAGGGAAAGUGCUGCCAUGGGGCGUCUAUCCAUGCUCAGCUCCAGGACGACACCCUCACUUCGAACAUCCUCAUCAAUAUGUACUCCAAGUGCGGUCUGAUCCGUGAGGCUCGCCAAGUGUUCAACAGUAUGCCUGCGAGAAGUAUAGUCUCAUGGAACUCCAUGAUUGGUGGGCUCAUCGACCUCGGGGAGGAGGAAGAAGCCCUGCGGGUCUUCUCCUGCCUGCAUCGAGAAGGGACUCCCCUGAGCGAGUACACUCUGUCCAGCGUUCUCUGUGUGUGCGCUUCCUUGGCGGCCGUCGCCCAGAGCAAGCAGCUGCACUCUCUGGCGCUGAAGAUCGACAUGGCCGGCAACGUCUUCGUGGGAACCGCGCUGCUGGACGUCUACGCCAAAUGUGGGAUGAUCGAGAAAGCCAUGCUGGUGUUCGACGGAAUGCCUGACAGAUCUUCCGUCACUUGGAGCUCCAUGAUCGCUGGGCUGGUGCACAACCAUCGCCACGAGGAAGCCCUGCGGGUGUUCCAGAUGGCCCAGAAGGCAGGAACGGAGUACACACCGUUCACCUUCUCCGCUGCGCUCAGCGCCUGCUCGAGCCUGGCGGCGUCAACGGAGGCCGUCCAGCUGCACCCAAUACUGGUGAAGACUGGUCUCGAGCUCAAUCUCUUCGUCGCCACCUCCCUUAUCGACGUAUACGCGAGGUGCGGGCGGAUCAAGGAAGCGCACGCCGUCUUCGCCUUGGCGGGGGAGAGGAGCGUCGCGGUUUGGAACGUCAUGAUCACGGGGUUCUCCAAGCACGCCUGUGCGAGGGAGGCCCUGAUGCUGUUCGAGAAAAUGCGUCAGUCGGGCGCUCGCCCCAACGAGGUGACCUACGUCGCCGCUCUCUCGGCGAUGGCGCGCGCAGGCUCGGUCGAUGAAGGCCGGCGCCUCUUCUCCGCACUGCUGGAGGACGAAGCCGUCCGCCCCAACGAGCUCCACUAUUCAUGCAUGAUCGACGCCCUUGGCAGAGCGGGGCGGCUGCGGGAGGCCUUGGGACUGCUGCGGACCAUGCCAUUCUCCCCCACUACCGCCAUGUGGGGCUCCCUGCUCGGCUCCAGCAGGAUCCACGGGGAUCUUCGCGUGGCCAGGCUAGCCGCCGGCCGCCUCUUCGAGAUGGAGCCAGGCAACGCCGCGAACCACGUCCUCUUGUCGAAUCUCCUCGCCGCUGGCCGACGGUGGGACGACGUCGCACGGACGAGGAAGCUCCUCAAGGACAGCGGCGCGAAGAAAGCGCCGGGGAUGAGUUGGAUCGAGAUCCAGAACCAGAUCCACGCCUUCGUCGCCGGCCACCGGAGCCACCCCUCGAUCACCGAGAUCCACGCAAAGCUGGCGGAUCUGGAGGCGGAGAUGAGGAGAUCCGCCGCCUACGAUGCUGAGAGCCACCACGAUCUCCACGACGUCGACGACGACGAGAAGGACGAGCUCCUGAGGCACCACAGCGAGAAGCUGGCCCUGGCGCUAGGGCUCCUCCGCCUCCCGCCGGGGCCACCCGUCGUCAUCCACAAGAACCUCCGCGUCUGCGGCCACUGCCACUCCUUCAUGAAGCUCGCGUCGGCGAUCACCCGCAGAGAGAUCGUCCUCAGGGAUACCAACCGUUUCCACCAUUUCUCCCGUGGCCAUUGCUCCUGUGGAGACUUCUGGUGA